AUUAGACAAUUGAUUGUCUAUUUGCGAUAAGAAAUGCAUUUGUCUUCUCUCGCGGGUAAUGAUAUAAAUUGGACAGGUGUUGGCUGUUGAGGCAUCAGUUAGGUCAUAACCAACGAACCAAAAUGAAGUACGCCAUCUUAGUGGCAGCUCUGUUCGUGGCUGGUGCCAUUGGUGCCCCAAUUGAGGCUGAAAAUGAAUUGCCAAGAAGUCUGGAUCCCCGUUUUGUGUCCCACGGACGUCCAGCUUGUCGUACACCAGAGGAGAUGGCUGUGCGUCUGUACAGACACAACUGGGACCCAACACGGUGGUGGCAGUGCAAUCAGCAGAAUGUUCCCGCCGAAAUGAUGACCUGCCCAACAGCUAUGCUCUUCGAUGAGCGCACCCGACAGUGCAUCCCUGCGGAUCAUUGGGUGUGGACUGAACCCCGGAAUCCCCCUACGCUGGCUGAGUGGAAUGGAAGUCCCCCACCGGGUGGUAUUUGCCCGCAAGACAAUCCAACUUGCCCACCAUGCCCAACACCCUGCCCACCGUGUCCGGAACCAACAACAACAACUUGUCCUCCGUGCGAAACCACCACCCUAUGCCCACCAUGUCCGACGCCACCUGAUGAGGAACCACCAACCACAACUACAACAACUACUACUACUACUACUACUACAACUACUACAACAACAACUACUACAACCACAACAACAACAACUACAACGACAACAACAACGACGACAACCACCACAACUACUACCUGCCCCCCAUGUCCCGAAACCACCCCCUGCCCACCCUGCCCCGAGACCACUCCCUGCCCACCAUGUCCUGAAAUAACAACCACAACUCCCUGCCCACCUUGCCCAACGGAUAUGAUAUGCGAGCAACACCACAUGGGGCUCCUCUGGCCAGCUAAUCGUCAAGACAGCUUCUUCGUGUGUCACACUGUUAAUCAUCCCGCCCUGGAGAUGUUCUGCGACCCAGGAACAAUCUUUAACUUCAACCAACAAACGUGCACACCUGCAUGGGCUGGAUGAGACAUUCAAAGACCACCACUGCACACACAGUCCACAAUGAUGAAAAAAAUGAGCAUUAAAAACAAUCCCCUAUUACUAUUACAAAAGACAUUCUCCCCGUAGUCACGUAGAUUGUCCGCACUCUGAAGAGAUUUUUUUUUAAAGAAAUAUAAACCACUUUUGCAUUUUAAAA